AUGCCUAAAAAAUCAGCAGCUGCUCCAAGUGUCGACGAUCAUAUCGUACCGGCACACAACGAUAAGCCCGAAAAAUCAGUCACUACAGCAGCUACUCUUUCAUUCCCGACGAAUCUCUACCUACCAGAUGCCCUAGUCUUAUCCAACCAGCAUAGUAAACCUCAGCACUCGAGGUUCCCUCCAGCGACUCUUCCGAACAGGCGCACGCUAUCACCAGCGUUCCAGGACGAUCGCAAGACGACUGCUAUGGUUUCCACAACCAAGGCACCAGUCCCAUUUCCUCCGAGGAGGCGCAUGACAUUUCAGCCCUUCAGGAAAACAACAACGGCAACGCCGUCACUCGACAAAACGAUAUCUACAGAUCCCGCUGCGUCGGGCCAGAGGUUGUCACCGGUUCCACCACACUAUGCUGCUAGUGACGAACUGGACGCCGUUAAAAGAAAGGAACCCGAAGUGCGACCCAUUCCGGACACGACUAAAAACCUUUUAAUAUCAACCGAGCCAUCUGUAAACACAGAGCUGAAAUUUCCCGAGGUACCACUGGAGCAAGACGAUGACCCCAGUGCUGAAGAGACUCACUUUGUCCUCCCCGGUGAAAGUAAUGUUGGAAAGAAUGAACAGGCAGCUCCCCCCGUGAGUGUAGACACAACAUUCAGCAAUGGAUCAACCAGUUCAUCCAUAGACGAAGUGAAGAAGGCACCUAGCAGUCUAGAUAAGUCAACAAGCAACGUCCCGGCGCCAGCCACCGCCGCUGUAGAUGCAAAACCAUUUCACGAUGGUCUUGAUAAGGAGGUCGCACCAGCUGUUGUAGCGGGUGAGACGUCUGUUGGCGACGCAGCUGUCCCGUCCAAGGUGACUCCGACUACUACUGAAGAAGACAGUGCCGUUCCAAAACCAGCACAAGAUUUUACCUCCACUUCAGACGAGGGUUCUCUGGGUCUUCCUGGCUCAAUCAGUGACCAGCAAAGCGCACUUGAAAUCCUUGAACAACUUCAUAAAGCUGAAGAAGCACCGGUGGAAGAACCAUCUGCUCUCGCUGAUCCACCGGCGGAUGACGAUGGGCAGCCUUCCUUCAACAUCGACGAUAUGAUGGUGUCCUUGGCCAUGGGUGAAAGUGAAGGCUCGGACUCAGGUAGCGACCAAGCGCCGAGUGCCCCACAAGCGCCUGCUCAUCUCACUGACAUGGAGGGGAGGAUGAUCUACUAG